CACACUGGCCAGCCCGACCAUUUUGACGCGAUUUCGAUUUCCCAUAAGAAAAAAAGAAACACACAUUUAACUCGGGCCGUUGUGUUGUGUGCGUGCGAACGAACCAAAUAUAUACACACACGAGCUGGAGGACAGUGAAAUCGAAUUAGUGUUUAUAUGGCGCAUUGAUGGCUGAUAAUGCCGCCGCCGCCGCCGAAAAAUCGUUUGGCCAUCGUUAGUAUCAGAAACAGAACGAGUGCAAGUGCGAGUGCGAAAACGAAAACGAAAACGAGUGCGAUUGCGAUUGCCAGAAAGUAUCGUCGUCGUCGUCGUCGUCCUGCUGCCCUGCCCCGCCCCCUCUGCCGCCGCCGCCGCCCCCUCUGCGCCGUACGCACGCAUCGAUUUGGGCUAAACGUUAGAUACCUCCUAACGCAGUUGUUAGGGUGGAAAGAAAGGCCAGGGAAAAAAAUAACACACUGUAACAGCAAUACUGAUACUGCAAUGCCCUGCUGCCGCUGAUCCCAUCCGGAUCCGGAUCCGGUCCUGGUCUGCAAAUAGGAGAACAGAAAAAAAAAAUAGACGGCCAGAGAGCUCCACACAAAUCCAAAUCCCGGAAAAGUGCAAUACAAUACAAUACAAAUAUACAAAUACAACCACGAAAACGCAACGAAAAAGGCAGGAGAGACAAGAGUUAUCAACUAAAGUCCAAGUGGAAAGUGAAGAGUGGUAAUAAUAAUAAUGCUAUAGGCCAAAACAGUAACCGAUAACAGUAGAUAAAUCCACCCGAGGAGUCGAAAAUCGAAAAUGUUUAUUGUAUAAUUUCCAAUUGAGCAGGUGUGCGUGCGUGCGCGUAUGUGUGUGUGUGCGUUUGCAUGUGCGUGUGAGUAGUUUUUGUUUUUCGCUGCUUCUUCUUGCGGUUUAUUUGUCAACAAAAAGAAGAAGGAAGUAAUAAGCAGUGCUGCCUCUGCCUAAUAUUGUUGUCCGCCUCGCUUGCCCUGCUUGCAGGAGUGACGAAGCAGUGAACUUGUGCAACGAACCGACGAGGACGACGACCCAGUGGCCUCCACAUGAAGACCAUGUCGCGCUUCGGCCUGCGCCGCGGCUUCAAGUUCUCGGAGGAGCAGGUCAAUGGCAAGAACUCAAUCCCAGCUGCCUCGGCCUCGGCUGCUGCCACUGCCACCGCGCCCAAUCCCCGCAAGAAACGGCAGCCCAGGCAGACAGACGUGGAGGCGGACGCCGAGCAGGAGCAGGACUUGGAUGCACACGAAGAUCCAGCCGAACCGGAUGCCGAUCAUGAACCCAUCUCGCUGAUCUGCAGCCUGCCGCUGGAGCGGCUGCCCCGCCUGGUGGAGAAGCUGCAUCAGCUGACGGAGGAACGGGAGAGGGAACGCGAGCGAGAACGGGAGCGGGACGAGGCCGCCAGCCUGGUUGGGGGCCACUCGAAGGUCCUGUGUCUGUACUGUGAUAGGAAGUUCGCCUCCGCCAAGCUGCAGGCCAAGCAUGUGGACAAGUUCCACACCGAGCGGCAGGAGCGACGCUGCAGCGGCCGUUCCACCAGCUCCAAUUCCCAUCCCGCGGGAGGCUUCCCCGGCUGCCAGUGGUGUGGCCAGCAGGCCGCCCACCGUGGCCGCCAGGCGACGCCUCCCCAGAUCUGCCUGCCGGCCAAGCAUCUGGAGCAGCUGUUCCAGCACCUCAGCGAACAGCAUGCGGACAAGUACUUCGGCUGCCAGCCGUGUCGCCUGCGCUUCCAGGACGCGGACCAUUUGACGGGACACCAGCGACAGCAGCAUCCGCAGCAGCAUCCCGAGGAUUCGCAUGCCUCCUCCAAGCCCGGACUGAUGGGCGCCGACGAGCCGGUGCUCUUUCGCCUGGGGCUAACCCAGAACAGGCUACCCAGUCAUCGGAAUCGCAAUCAGCGCAAGGAGGAGGAGCCGCCGCCCCUGGCCACGCCCAGCUCCGGGAAAUCCCGGAGCAGCAGCCGGGCGGCGGCGCAGCGGCAACAGCAUCAUCAUCAGCAGCCGCCAUCGCAGCAGGCCACAACGGCUGGAGGCCAGGGUUUGCAGGCGCAGGAGGCUGUCAAUCCGGAUGCUGUCUUCCGGCUGCCAGCCAGCUUGGCCUGCGUCUCCUCCUCCUCGUCGUCCUUCUCCGCCGCCAACUCAGUGUUCGAUGACAAGUUCUACAAGGAUGUGGUCUUCAAUGUGCGCCACAACCUUCAGAAUCACCUCGACGGCCGGCUGUUGACAUCCCCAUCAUCAUCCUCAUCGUCAUCGUCCGCAUCCCAGAAGCCGGAGCUCAUCAUGCUGCACGGACCAAGUCAGCUGGGACCCGGCGGCGCCUCCUACCCCACGCUAUUGACCGCCGAGCAGUUUGGCGGCACGGGGGAACUCCUGCCGCUGGCCAAGUUCCGCCGGAGACCGCACACCAAGCACAGCUGGAAAUGGAAAUGGGACUACGUGAAGAAGUUUACGCUGAUCAACGAGGGCGGGCGGCUGGUGAAGAAACUGAAGCAGCCCAACUUCAUGGGACUGCGCGAUCUCUCCAAGCUGGACAUGUGGACGCAGCUGACGAUGCGCCAGAAGCACGAUCUCUCCCUCUCGCUGGCGGAGGAGCAGAACCAGGAGCAGCGCCGCCUGCUGGAGCAGCUCAAUUUGAUAUUGGAACGCCGCCUGCUGCCGCACAUCAUCCUGGAGCAGAACGAGCAGGCGGUGAUCAAGUGCGAAAACGACGAGGAGGAUGAUGGUCUGGAUGCGCAUCAUCAUCCUGGAGAUGAUCUGCUGCCGCAGACGUUUGCCGACGAGAGUUUCCUCUCCCUGCUGCAGCUACAGCCGAGAACCGGGACCAGCGAUCGGGAUCAGGAGAGAGAUCGGGAAAGGGAUAGAGAGCAGGAGCGGAUCAGGAACCGAAGGGCUGUCGUGCUCAGCGGCGAGUGGGCACGACCACGCCUCUAUCUGUGCAUCUGCUGCGGCGCCAAGUUCGACCAGCGGAAGUCGCUGGAGGAGCACAAGACCUUCCGCCACUCGCACAUCUACGCCACGCACUACGAGGUCGUGGGUCGGGAACUGCUGGCGGGAAAUCUGCUGCGCCACCUCUUUAUCCCCAAGCGGGCGCUGGGACGCUUUGCCGCCGCGAGCAACUGCAUCCGCUGGCCGCAGAUUGGUCCGGCCUCAGCGCAUCAACCCAAGCUGGAGCAGGAGCGCGUUCAGCCGGAGGAGGAGACCAGGUCGUCGGCUUCCUCGCGCUCUUCGUACGAGGUGUCCACACCCACUCCGCUGUCGGGACUGGAGCAGCAGCAACCAUCUCCUGCCUCGGGGUCCGGCAAUGCGUCUUCGUCGUCCUCCUGCUCGCCUAGCUCAUCAUCCGCCUCUACCCUGAUGUCCACCGCCCCCACCUCGAUGUCCCACUCCACCUGCACCUCCUCCGCUGCGACUACAACGCUUUCCUCCACCUCGUCCGCUCCUUCCAGCUGCACCAAGUGUGGUCGCAAGUGCAGCGGACUCAUGGAUCUCUAUCGACACAUGCUGGACUGCUCCGGCGACUAUGUGUGGUCGCUGGCCAAGAAGCGCAAGUAUCGCUACUACUGCGGCACCAAGAAGCGACGUGCCUUCUCCAAGAAGCCGCUCAAGCAGCUCUCCGCCCGCAAGAAGGAGAAGCUGGAGGUGGAGGAGGGAGCCGGCGAAGGCGAAGCCGAGGGAGAGGUCGAUGGCGAGGCGGAGGGCGAGGAGAGCGGCUCCAGUUCAUCCAAGUUGAAGAACUCGCCGCGCCAAAGGCCCAGCGAUGCUGAAUCCAUUCGGAAGAUGCUGGAGAACCUGCCCGCCAAGCGCAUCUGCAAGAAGAUCUUCCCCGUGGACAACAAGGCCAAGCGCAAGGCGAAGAACAAGGCCAAGGCCAAGUCUAUGGCCAAGUCGCUGGUCAAGUCGAAGUCCAAGCAGCAGCGGAGCAGCACCAAGAGAAUCUACAAUCAGCACCUGCUGCGCACCACGAGAUCCCGAUCGAGAUCCUCGGUGGUGGCCACAGGCUCCUCGGCCGCCGCUGUUGCCGCCCAGCAGCAGCGCAGUCGCCGCAAGCAGAAGCACCAACAGCAGCAGCAAAAGGCCAAGCUCGACAAGGCCAAAUCUCCGCCAGAGGCUCAGCCGGCUGCCUCCGAAUCGGAGGAAUUGCCAGUCAAACCAGAGGCAAAAGCGCCCGUACCCGCACCCACAGUCACUGCCAAGUCACGAUCUCCCGCUGAGGAAAAGCCUUCCCUGCGGUUGGAGCUGCCACUCACACUUCCGGAAUCAGCUGCUCCACCCGCCACCGUUCAGGAAUCGGAGCCCGCCUCACCCACUUCCAGCAAGCAGCUAAUGCCCACACCGCCCACAACACCUGCGCCGGCGACCAAAUCCCCGCCAGCCGCAGCUGUUGCUCCCUCCUUCUCCGCCAGCACUCGGCUGGCAACGCCCAAUUCGACUGUGAAGCGCAGCAAGAGGAUUAGCGACUGCAUUGCCAUGCUCACGGGCAAACUGGAGGAGAAACUCAAGACAGAGCAAGUGCCACCGCCUACGCCGUUGGAAAGGGACAAGGAGAAGGAGAAGGAGAAACUGGAGCCGGCUAGGCCGAUGGAAAAGGAGGACAAGACACCAAAACUGGUGGACUCACCUGCAGCGCCUCCUCAUGCCGCUAACAAGGAGCGAGUGCAGCCAAAGACGCCCAAACGCAAGGCAGUGUCGCGGCGAAUCAUCAAAGUGGAUGCCACACCGGAGCCAGUGGUGGAGUCGGUACAGGGGCUGGCAGAAGCAGUGGCCAUUCCAGCUCCAGUUCCAGUAGCAGUACCAGUUCCGCCUCCUGCAGCUGCUCCUCCCACUGUGGUUCCAGCUCUGCCACCUCCAGUGUUUAGCAGCAUGCCAGUGCCUGCGCCAGCUCCCGUUCCUGCUCUCCCGGCAGUCGUGGAACCAGCUCCUCUACCAGUCGUUGCACCUGUUCCUCCUCCGCCAGUCGUUGCACCUGCUCCUCCUCCGCCAGUCGCUGCCGUGGCCCAUCCACCACCGAGGCGCACGCCCACCAAGGCGGCGGCCAAACAGAUGGCUGCCCCACCACCGAAACCAGCCUCGUUGGCCGCCCUUAAGCAGUAUCCUCCGAUGGAACCACAGCUGGCCGUGGUGCCGCCUCCUAAUCCGGCACCUCUGCCACUCCCUGUGCCCGUGGCCAUGCCGAUGGGAAUGCCAGCUCCACUGGCGGUCGGUCCAGUGCCUGUGAACGUCAACAUGCUUGCCAAGCUGCCACUGUAUAUGCCACAGCUGCAGGCGAAUCCCAAUACAAAUCCCAAUCCAGCACCGACCACAAUGUUCAUGAUGGAUCAUCAACCCUUGAACUUGACUAGUCAGCGAGGAGUGCUUCAAAAGCCCAUGAUAAGUGGCACUACGGGGGAUCCCGGACUCGUGGGACUGCAGCAUCAUCGCUCGGGAGGAAUGCCACCCAGGCGGCAAACGAUCUGCGGAUUCGAGGCAAGAAACUUGAUUGGUUUGGACAUUGACAUGGAGCCGUUGGAUCUUUCGAAGAAGUCGAGCAGGAAGCCUUCGCCGGUGCCGCCGCCAAGGAUGCAGCAAGAGCUGCCGAUGCCAAUGGUUCCACUGCCUUUGGUGACAGGAGCAAGUGCAAUGCCACCUCAGAAUCAAGCUCAGCCAGGAGGAACUCUUCCGACGGCCGGUGGUGCUCCGAUUCCUUGCCAGCUGGCCAUGCCAGGCGGAAUUCCCGCUCCACUGGCCUCGCACUAUUACUCCAACCUGGAUCUGCUCAAGAUCCCGCAGGUGCGCAAUCCCGGCACUGGCGUGGUGGUGCCCUCCAGUGGUCCACCACCUGUUUCGGUGUCCUCAUCAUCGGUCGCCCUGCCCGUACAUCCCGUUAAGAGUUCGGGUGGCAAAAAGCGCUCUCUGGAGGGAACAGGCAACUCCAAAAAGGAUCACGGAAAGGGCCAGACCAAGGUGUGUCCCCGCAUGGAUGAGGUGGUCAACAACCAUAUCGAUGAUGCCAUCAAUUCGGUAAUUAUGGCUGUCCAGGCGAGUUUGCCGGACGACGAUGAGGAGGAAGAGCUGGCCAAAAAGGAAAAGGAAAGAGAGAGGGAACGAGAAAGGGAAAGGGAGAAGGAGAAGCUGGAGGAAGCGCUGCCCAAGCCGAGCAACUGCAUCUUGGCGUUGCAGCCUCCUGCGGUAUUACUCCCAUCACCAGCCCUGGAUAAAGUACCACCUGUAAAUGCGAUUCCUUCGGUGGUUAUUCCUCCGGCUGCCCUUGUGCCAUUGACUCCGGUCCCGCAGCCUGUGCCUACCAAGAAUUUGACGCCCAAGAAGCGUUCCAUGCGCUCGCGAACCAUCGACUGUCGCUCUGCCCUGCUCGCCAUGGACGAGACUUUGCCGGUGGCUCCACUGCAGCAGUGCCUCCCGCUGCCGGUGAAUGGAGAUGCUAGCAUGGCCAAAGAAGAGAUUCCCCGACUGCCAGAUAUAAUACCAGCUCCAGUUCCAGUUCCAGUUCCUGUUCCAGCUGCUGUGGUGCCCCAACCACCCAUCCUAGUUGAAGGUCCAGUAAUGAGUCUUAGGGAGAUGAAGCCGGAAGCGAUCCAGCUGGCCACCGAUCCGACGCCCAUUCCUGCCGCAUCUCCUCCACCCGUGGAGCAGCAGUCUCCGGAAUCCCCUGAUCCUGUACCAAGGCCCGAGACGCCUGUGCCUGCACCUGUGCCCGUCUCCGUCAUUUCGGUGGCGCCCGCCUUGCCGCUGCCACCGCGCACUACCACGCCCCCGCCCACCACCAUGGCGGAAACGAACUGCAGCUCCCUGAUGGAAGAGCACAGCAGCAACCUGAACAACAACACCUCCUCGGGUUUCCACAGUCUGGCCCAGUCGGAGCAGCCGAUGCCAACGGCAGCCACGACGCCUGCCGAGGAACCUCCUCCGGCCAAGGAGGAGGAGGAGCUGCUGCCGGCCAAGAAAAAGCAGCGUCGCCGGCGAAAGAACGAACUGGCGGCCAUUGUGGCCGAUCAGCUGCUGGAGAGCUUCAAGAUCGACAAUGCGCGCAGGGAUAACCUCAAGAAGCUGGAGAAUCUGGCUUACGAAAAGAGCGAGGACCUGCUGCUCACCGGGAUGCUGCUCAUGUCCAGCACCAAGCGCAAUGCGGCACUGGGACCUUCCUCCGCUGCCGCCGCGAAGCUGAAGAAGGAGGCCGAGGCGGUGGCAGAGUCGCCAGCCAAUCCUCCAGGGCGCGGCCGGCCAAAGCGUCGCCAGAGUUGCUACUAUCGCCGCGGAAAGGCAGGUGGAGAAGGAAGAGGAGGAGGAGUCGCUGGAAAGGCCACCAAUGAAAACAUUAGUCAGCUGAAGUCUUCGCUGGAGUCCUUCUCCAUUGGUAUCGAGAAGCAGCUGCUGGCCAAGGAGGCCAGGGAGGCCAAGGACUCGCAGCCGACGAGUGGAGCUGGUGGCCUGUCCCAGCCACCAGUCAGUUCCAUCCUGCGCCCGAGCAUCCUCAGCAGCGCCGUGGCCAGGGAUCAUCAUCAUCAGCAGCAACAAUCAAAGCAGAAGGAGCAGCAGCUGGAGAAGCAGGAUCAAACCGCCCCGGCGGCCACUUUCAGUCGUGAUCCACGGCUGAAUAAGAACAUACACAAGGAGCAGCAGGUGGAGCACAAGCAGCCACCCAGGGAGCAGCCGGCGCCUACGACGAACGAGAAUGCCGAGGAGGAGGACAACUACCUCACGGAGAUUGCCAAGAACGUGAACGAGAAGAUCAUGUCGGCCACCACGAACGAGGACUUUGAGUUCGCCCACGACGAGUUCGACGGCGAGGGAGAUCCCGACCAGGAUCAGGACCAGGACAAGUACUACCGACCGCCCACCUCGAUGAGCGUGCGCAGUGCUCCGAAUCUGAACGAUGAGCACUCGAACUUCGGCUCCAUGUGCGACGACAACACGAAUACCGAGGUGAUGGACAUGGAUCUGGACGACGAGAUGAGUGUGUACACUAGUUACUCCCAGGAUCUGGGACGCGGCGGUCGCGGUCGUCGGCGGAGGAGGCGAAGAAGCGUGCUGCUCACGCGACGUCCCAAGAAACGGACGCAGCGCAGCGAACUGGAUGCCGAGAAGUACGGUUGCAAGCUGUGCGGCAAGAGCUUCUUCACCGCCACAUCCCUGUCCAAGCACAACAUGACCCUGGCCCACGUGUCCAAGGUGUCUGCCCAGGAGUACCUGCAGUCGCAGACGGCUCCGUCCAGUCCGCAGGAUUCGCACCACGAUCUGGACGACAAGAGGGAGCGGCGGGAGAACGAGGUAGCCAGCAAGGUUCAGCGUCAGGAGGAGCAGCCGCCCACACCAGCAGCUCCACAGCAGAUGAGAGCCUCGGUGCUAAUGGUGCCCUCGCAGAUGGCCCACCAGGAAAGAGAACGGGAGAAGGAGAGGGAAAAGGAGCGGGAGCGGGAGCUGCAGAUGAGGGAGGAGCAGGAGAUGGCCCGUCUGCAGAGGGAGCAGGAUCACCAUCACCAGCAGCUGCAACAGCAGCAGCAGCAGGAGCAAGUUCAUCAUUUGAUUACAGAGGCAAGCCUGCGGCUGCACGACAACCAGCACAGUCCCACAGCUCCAACCGCCUCCCGUCUCAAUCUCAAUCCCGACGAGCGGCUCUUCUACGAGUGCUGCAACAUCUUGAAGAGCGCCGAGACGCCGCGCACACAUCCUGGCGGCGGAGCAGGUCCAGCCGCCACAUCCGUGAUAGUGACGGCGGGCAGAAAGCAGCCGCCACCGCCUCCAGCCUCGCCCUCGCCGUCUCGCUCAUCCUCGCUGCCGCCACCGGCUUCGCCAUCGCCAUCGCUUCCACCGCCUGGCUCUCCGUCGCUUUCCCUGCCUCCGCCGGCCUCGCCAUCGCCGUCGCCCUCACCGCCGCCACUCGCAGAAGCUCGUCAUCAUGCUCCAGCUCCAGCGCCUGUUCCAGCUCCUCCCCAGCCGGCGCCUGCGGUGUGCCACCAGCCGGUCAUCCAACAGCUGUUCCGCAACCCGCCCGCAGUCACGCCCACCACCACGCCCACCAAUCACAACCGGCUCUCGCCCAGCUACUCGGCGGUGUCCCAGUUCUCGGCCACCACCACGUCCCGCUUCAAGACCAAGGCCGCCAUGAAGGGCUACGAGAACGUGAACAUGCAGCUGGACAUGCCGGAGCUGGCCAAGUCAGGCCGGGGUGUCUGCAAACUGACCGAAUUGGCGGACAUUGCGCUGGGCAGCGAGAAGCCCGGCGGCGACUUUCUGCCCCACCUGCCACCAACACCGGCGGCUCCUGCGGUGCCGGCUGCUUUACAGCCGGCCAUCCAACAGACCCCUACGCCCACGGGCACGCCCACAGUGACGCCAACGGGGCCAAUGGAGCAGCAGCAGAGCUCCACCUCUUCGAAGACGAUCAUGCACGCCUCCAUCAUCAAGGCGGCGGCGGGCGUGGCCAGUUCGGCGACCCUGCCGCCAGCCUCCGGAAGGAUUAUCAUUCCCGAGCGACCGUUCAAGAACAUUGGGCUGGAGGAGAAGGCUCCGAUAACCUUCCAGAAGCCCAAGACGUGCGUGAAUCUACUGCAGGAGCAGGACAACAACAGCGUCUCUACGGCCAGUUACUCCGACCGUGAUGAUUAUGAUUUCGGGACUCUAAGUUGUGAUGGCGAUGUGGAUCCAGAGCCGGAGCCAGAGGUCAGAGCAGGCGUCGCCGCUGGAAGAGGAGUCCUGCCGCAGGGAGCCGCAGUCGGAGCUCGAGCCGUGUCGACGUCCAGCUCGUCGUCCUCCUCUUCCUCCUCGGCGGAUAACAGCAGGAGUGGCAGCCGGAGCAGCAGCAGCAGCUCCAGUCGAGCCACGGCCAAAACAUUCGAGAACAAGUCGCUGAUCAUGGGCAGGAUUUUCAAGCACGCCAGCAGCGCCAAGGCCACACCAGUGAUGGCCACUUCGGCGGCCAUGAUGCCGGGUCCCAGUGUGGUGCCUGGCAUGGCCAAGAUCAAGGCGCUGCCCAAGAACCAAGCGAAUCUCGACCAGAUCUUCGAUGAACUGCGUGGCGGUGGUGGAGCGGCCAAGUCGUCGGAAGUGGAGGCAUCUUCUGCAGCUCUCCAGCAGGAGAGCUGGGAGCGGCAUCAUCUGCCGCAGCAGCAGACGCAGCCACACCACCACCACCAUCAGCAGCAGCAUCAUCAACACAGCCAUCACCACCACCACCAUCAUCAUCAUCACCAGGUGGAACCCAUGGCGGCGCCAGCAGCACCGGCAGCGCCGGCGGCCAUGCCAGCGCCCAGUGCCUUACCACCUGGCCGAAAACCGAAGAACUCCACGGGCAACACAGCCAAGAAGGCCACCAAAUCCACACCGGCCAAGGCAAAGGCCAAAUCAAAGGUGGCCGCCGUUGCAUCUGGAUCCUCAUCAUCCAACCGCAAGCCCCGCAAGGAUCUGACCAAACUGCAGUCCGAGCUGGGCAUGAGUCACGAAGAGAUCGAGCAGCUGAUCGACGAGGGACAGCGCAAGUCAAAGCGUCGCUGUGCCACCAACCGGCCCAAGAAGCUGGUGGAGACCUGGAGCUCCGACGAGUACGAGGAGUUCCUCUCGACCAAGGACAUCAUAGCGCUGAUCGAGCAAAAGGAGCAGCAGGAACAGCGGCGCAAGCGGAAGACCAGCGAGGCAAACACUCAGCCAGAGCAAGUGGCUCCACCGGUGGCCAGCAAGAAGGCCCAGACGCCUCAGGCGCCGCCGGCUAAGCGAAAGAACCGCGCUGGCGAAAAGAAGCAAGCGCCGGCUCCAAGCGAAGUAGAGCAACCAAAGCCGCGGGCUAGGCAAAGGAACCAGCAACAGCUGCCCCCUGCGCCACCAGCACCUCUGCCUCCUGUUGUCAACGCACCUCCUCCGCCUCAACCAGAAGUGGCGGCGCCUCCUGCCAGGGGAAAAUCCAAAGCAGCAGCCAAGAGUAGAACGCCAGCGAACAAGGCAACCAACAACCGCAAAAAGCGUGCCAAUGAAAAGCUGAAAACGCCACAAACCAGGGAGGAUGAAGAUGAGGAAAAGGCGGAGGCGGAUGUGGAUGUGGAGCCACCAACCAGGACACGCAGCUCUAGGCAGCAGCCCAAGGGCAAGGUUGAACAGGAGGCCGAACCAGCAGCACCACCACCACCACCGCCACCAUCACUGCCGGCAGCUCCGCAGGAACCGCAAAAGGAGCGGAUCAAGGCGCGCUACAGCAAUCAGCAGCAUGUGCCGCCGGCACCUCAUCCCCGGAGCAGCUCCGUCGCCACCACCAGCAGCACCACCAAUAACAACAACAACAGCAGCAGUAGCAACAAGAAUCUAAAGACCAAGCGGAGAUCACAGAACAGCCGCCAAUCGCCGGCGCGAAGAAAGAGGCCAGCGAGCGAAAAGCAGCUAUACUACUGGAGCAGCUCCAGUGACGAUGAGUUUGGACGCCUAGACGACGAGGGCGAGGCGGCCGACGGGGGAUCCCGCCAAGGAGCAGGCAGCGAGCAGAGGGAGGGGAAUCGAAUGGAGCUGGAGCCGGAGGAGGCGUCCCCCUCGCCCGGCAAGCACUUCGAGGAGAACGAGCCGUACCAGAAGCACGGCUGGAUCGUAGGCGAUUCGCACAAGAAGCUUGUGAAGCUGCUGGCCAUAGCCAAGGGCAGUAAGAAGGUGGACAACUGCGGUGUCAAACGGCGCACGCCCAAGCGCAAGUGCUAGAACUGGGCGGGGGAGAAGCACCAGCUGG